AUGAGUGUUGUGCAUUCUCCUAAGAAAAACAAAGAUCAGGACAAUACUCCUACAACAACUGCAUCAUCGACUUCAUCUACACUCCAGAGUGCCCUCGCUCCUCCACCGCCUCCACGUUCUCCAAGAAUAAGCGGUCGCGUCGUCAGGAAGAACCUCUUUCAACAACUAGAAUCCAGAGAAAGAAAAGGCACAAUCAUGCCGGCCACCGCUGACGCUCUAAAAAGCAAACGCCGAUAUUUCAAGGCCAGAUUAACCAAAAUGAAUAACUGGUUAAAAGGUGAGGGAAUCCAGACAGCAGUUACAGAAAUAUUGGAGAUGAAACUCGCAGACCUCCUCAUAAAAUUCUCGGAAUGGGAAGCUGAGCAUUCUCAACUCUUGCUCCUCGAUAUGGACCACGAGGAGAAAUAUAUCGAUGGAGGCGACGCCAUCAUGGAGACCUACUUCAAGAUCGCCGGUGAGUUACAAAAUUUAAUUAAUCAGAGGUCGCAAUCUCCGUCAUCGGUUCGUCAGAUGAAUUCUCAACAGCCAGACGAACACUUCCAUUCUACUUCCGCCAAACUACCUGAAAUUACGCUGUCUACCUUUGAUGGCAGUUUCGAGAAAUAUCGAAGUUUUCACGACGAGUUUAAAGCUGUCAUCCACGACAACAAAAGACUCCAGAAGGUGACGAAAUUUCAAUAUUUUAAAUCUUGCCUCACCAGAGAAGCCCAGGAUCUCAUCAAGGAUUUAGAUAUUACUGAUGAGAAUUACGAUAUCGCGCCGCUAGAUUCUCUCGCAAGUAAGGAGGAACAAUACAAUGCGUUUCUCAUCACGAUUAUUUUGGAUCUUGUGAACGAUGAAGUGGUCUACGAAUGGGAAAAGGAUCUACUUGGCCACAAAAUGCCAGAUGUCGACGAUCUACUUGAAUUUCUACAAGGUCGUGGUCUCUGUGUAAAAUCAACAGAAGCUGCAAGGACUGUGAGAGUCAAGGAUUCAUCAGACAGGUCAGACCCAAAGGGGAAAUUCAAGAAGAAGAAGGUUCAAUCGUCGAUUGUCCAUUCAAUGAACGUUCCAACCACACAGAGGGCCCACUCAACGCCAGUGACACAAGUUUUCCACGCAUGUGUUCAACAAAAAUGUCCUGUCUGCCAAGGUGACCACAGAAUCUAUCGAUGUCCAAAAUUCCAAGAGAUGGAGCAGCAACAACGACUCAAGUUUGUAUACAACAAUAAUCGCUGCAUCAACUGCUUGGCCAAGGGACACGGUGUCAGCGCAUGUGAGUCUGGAAAAUGCUCAAUCUGCGAGAGGAAACAUCACCCGCUGUUACAUCGAUAUGAAGAGGAUGUCACUCCAAAGCCAUCCACUUCAGGUGAUGAUAUUCUCCCUACAGCUAUAAUUAACAUACUUGAUAAUUCUCGGCAAAUCGUACAGUGUCGGAUGUUGCUCGACACUGGCUCCUCAAGUAACUUCAUCACCACGGAACUCGCGGAAAAACUCCAAUUGCCCAGGGUUGAGUGCUCUGUAUCGGUCGGUGCACUCAACGAUCUUUCGACAGUCGCAAACUAUUGUGUCACUGCGACAAUUCGCUCUCGUUUCAACGAUUUUGAACGAACCCUCGAUUUUCUCGCCAUACCGGCAAUCUCGUCAUUUAUCCCCGCUCAACAGAUUGAUAGGAAGUCCUUUCAAUUGCCGCACAAUAUUCGUCAUUGUCUUGCUGAUGCAGAGUUCCAUAAACCCUCAUCAAUUCAAUUGUUGCUGAGCUCUGGACAGUCACUCUCCACCUUAACUGUUGGUCAACGAAAAAUUCCUAAUACAGCGAAUCUCAUCGCUCAGAACACUGUACUGGGAUGGACUAUUUGUGGAAGUGUUAAUGAUAAUGGAAUUUCUCGGACUCGUUGCAACGUCAGCAACAUUAUUGACGAAUUCAAAAGGUUUUGGGAAAUUGAAGAUGGCAUAUCUCACCCCAAACAUCUCUCUUCUGUGGAAGGACCCUGUGAAAAACAUUUCAUAGAAAAUGUCUCUCGCACCCCAAGUGGACGGUACAUGGUAGCAUUGCCGUUCAACGAUUUGAAGGAUCAAUUGGGAUCCUCACGUGCUCAAGCUCUCCGACGAUUUCUCUCUCUUGAAAGGCGACUCAAGGCAAACCCAAAGCUCUGGCUAGAGUAUUCCAAGGUCAUCGAGGAAUACAAGCAACUUGGCCACAUGAAGAAGGUGGAGAAUGAAAUAGAAGAAGGCUUCUAUCUUCCUCAUCACGCUGUGGUCAAGAUGUCUAGUAUGACCACCAAGGUCCGUGUGGUUUUUGAUGGUUCUGCCAAGUCUAGUAACAAAUGCAGUCUCAACGAUGCCUUAAUGGUUGGGCCAACCAUUCAGGACGACAUCUUUUCCCUAAUUCUACGCUUCAGGGUUCCGAAAUUUGUGUUUACUGGAGAUAUUGAGAAAAUGUAUAGGCAGGUUCUCAUAAGACUUGAAGACAGGAAAUUUCAACGGAUCAUUUGGAGGGACUUGCCAACCGACAAGGACAUCAACGUAUAUGAACUCCAAACUGUCACCUUUGGCCUCGCUCCAGCUCCAUAUCUUGCCACUCGAUGUCUUCAUCAAUUAGCGGAUGAUGAACAUGGCAAUUCCCCUCUUGCCUCGCAGCUAUUGAAGCGAGACCUGUACGUAGAUGACGUGCUCACUGGUGCUGAUUCUUUGGAAGAGACUAUCAAAUUACGAGAUGAAUUGAUGGAUCUUCUCCAUCGUGGUAGGUUCAAUCUUCGCCAAUGUGCAUCCAACCAUCCAAUGGUGCUGCAAGGACUUCCCGAUUGUGCUGUCAAUCUCAAUUUACUUGGAGAAGACGAUCCCAAGCUGAAGACUCUGGGUGUUCAUUGGGACUCUCAUCAAGAUUGCAUUGUCUACACUGUUAAUCCUAUCGCCACCAAAGAUGUCAUCACGAUGCGAACAAUUGCCUCAGAUGUUGCUCGUAUUUUUGAUCCUCUUGGAUUGCUUAACCCGGUCAUCACUCACGCCAAGAUUAUUCAGCAGGAGCUAUGGAGAUUGAAGCUAGACUGGGAUGACUCCAUUCCUCAAGAGAUCUGUACAAAAUGGAACGACUUUGCGGCCCAACUUCCUCUCCUCAACGAUCUCCAUUUCCAACGUCACAUAGUCAUACCCAAUUCCCAAUACAUUGAACUUCAUGGAUUCGCAGACGCCAGUGAAAAAGCCUAUGGAGCCUGUAUAUACCUUCGCACUGUUGACCCACUGGGAAAGGGCAAUACUCAUCUCUGGUGUGCGAAGUCACGUAUUACUCCAUUGAAGAGCUCGCAGACAAUUCCACGACUCGAACUUUGUGCUGCCGAAUUAUUGACCAACCUCUACACCACUGUGAAGAAGGCAACGGACAUUAAACCGGCAAGGCAAUUCUUCUGGACGGAUUCUAUGAUCACCCUACAAUGGAUCCACAAAUCUCCACAUACAUUAGAAACAUUCAUCGCUAACCGAGUAACCAAGAUUCAGCAGCGAACACAUCUACAGGAUUGGAGACAUAUCCGGACCUACGACAACCCAGCAGACGCCGUGUCCAAAGGUGAACUUCCAGUCGACUUCCUACAAAAUUCUCUCUGGAAGCAUGGACCUAAGUGUCUUACCGGGGGAGAAGACACCUGGCCGUUCACUCUCAUCCAGACAUCAAGUGAGGUGCCGGGCAUCAAAAGGUCCACUUGCUUGAUUACAUCAACAAGGACAAGGUCAGCAUCAUCAGCAUCUCCAAGGUCUACAGUCCCUGAUAAUCCUCUAUUUUUAAAAUUCUCGUCUUUCAAUAAAUUAAAACGGUUUGUUGGCUUGGCGCUCCGAUGGCCACUCAUCCACAAGACACGACAAGCUGUAUCACCACAACGCCAUCCAGAAGUCAAAACCACCCAUCGCUGUAUCACUGUUUCGGAAAUACAAGGAGCUUCCAAAAUUAUCCUUUUGUUGACUCAACAAACUGCAUUCUCUCAAGAGUUCCAAGACCUACAGAAUGGAAGAUUUGUCGCCAGCAAUAGCAAGCUCCACAACCUCAACCCCUUCAUCGACGAUGAUGGUCUAAUUAGAGUUGGCGGCCGACUGGAGAAGGCAAAGACAAUCAGCUUUGACGAAAGACAUCCUAUUGUAUUACCUCCGUUCUUUCAUGUUUCUCGGCUGAUUAUGGAAUCGACUCACUUGGAUAAUCUCCACACUGGAACUCAGACGACGUUGCAUCUUUUGAGACGGCAAUAUUGGCCUAUCGAUGGACGUCGACAAAUUCGCAAUUUCAUCAACAAGUGCAUAACUUGUGCCAGAUUUAGACCACGUCCAGUCAACUAUCUCAUGGGAGAUUUACCACCUCAACGCGUGACUCAAUCGAAACCUUUUGAACACACAGGAGUGGAUUACUGUGGGCCGCUAUUCAUCAAGGAAAAAAGGUUUCGAAAUCGUGGCAAGGUCAAGGUUUGGAUUGCCAUAUUCGUGUGUUUUACCACCAAGGCAGUCCAUAUUGAGGUUGUUGAUGACCUGAGCACUGACGAAUUCUUGGCAGCACUGAGCCGAUUCAUCUCCAGACAUCCAUCGUGCAAUUCCAUGUAUUCGGAUCAUGGUACCAACUUUGUCGGGGCUAAGAAUGAGCUCCAGGAACUCUACGCUCUCGUCGAAGCAGAAGACCACAAGGAAAGAGUUCAACGUCAGAUGGCUCAGCAUGGCAUCCAGUGGAGCUUCAUCCCACCCCAAGCUCCUCACUGUGGCGGUCUGUGGGAAGCAGCCGUCAAGUCAUUCAAACAUCACCUGAGAAGAACUAUUGGAAAUGAGUUGCUCACCCACCAACAACUAAAUACCUUGUGCAUAAAGAUAGAAGGUAUUUUAAACUCCAGACCGUUGAUCCCUCUCUCCUCAGAUCCGAAUGACUUGGCUGCCCUGACUCCUGCUCACUUUUUACAUGGAAGCUCCACUAGAGAUCUUCCAUCUCCAGAGUUUCUUCAUACGCCCAGCAACAGAUUAUCAUACUGGGAACACAUUGAGAAGCUCAAACAAGAGUUCUGGUCCAGGUGGCAUAACGAAUACCCGAAUGAGCUACAAAUUCGACACAAGUGGAACGAUGGAAACCACAAAAUCAAGGAAGUGUCCUUGGUUUUACUUCGAGACGACAACAUCCCUCCGUUACAGUAG